AUGGAGGUAGCAAAAGGUUGAACAAACUUUGCUGAACUAUUUGAUCAAGAAGCCAUUGUGAAACUGUAUUGGAUGCUGUGAUCCUUGGAAACUGUGUCAAACAGAUGAUGUUGAAGUUUCUUCUUCAUUUGUCCCUUACCUCAUAGAACAUAGUUUUUUCUGGAGACAAAAAUAUUCCCUCUUUUCCACUUGAGUAAAAGGCAAGGUUUAAAAAAAAAGGUAAAGUUUUAAAAUUCACCUUUUAGUUAUAAGUUGAAAGCAUUGUACAGCUUUAUCACCUAUUAACUAUGCAUUUGGGGGGUUGGUACUAUGGUUUUUCUGUCAACCAACCCCAAAUGAAACCACAGGGAGAGGUUGAGAACUUGAGCUCCUUUUGGUCCAGCUACCAUAUGGUUGCAGCUAGUGUGGCCUCCCUCCAAACCAGAUUAGAAUCCUGAAGCUUUUCUCCCCUCAGCUCACAUCAUUAGAUGGUGUUCUCUAGGGAGAAUGGUGAUGGAUUUAGGGAAGCAAAAUAUCCCAAUCAGUAUUUCUCAAACUUGAGAAAUGCCUAAGUCCAUUAAUAUUUUUUCAGGGAACCUCAGUGUUGUUACAGCGUUACUGAAAUGUAUACAAACAUUAAACUAUGUUUACACAGUUUCUGUGGAACCAUAAAACUUACCACAAACCGAUGAUUGUUUUGCCGAAUCCAAGUUGCUGCUGGUGACUUGAGUAGUGUUGGGACCAUGGCAAUGGCGGGACUCAGUGAGGGAUGCUGGCGUCACAUUGCACUGGAAGAUGGUCCCAGCCUCUCCUGCUUUCCCUUGAGUGAGACUGCCGCAGAGCGACUGUGUCUCUAGUGCGAUGUCAUUUGGCCUUUGCUAGAACUGAACCACAUUCAUGAAGUCUGUUUUCUGCUUUAUUAGCUUACACUUGGAGCCAAUGUGAUGAAUUCUGAUCUUGGCUAGAAGUUGCUAAUGCUGUUGUGUUUUUUAAGAUGAUGCCUAAAAUGAAAAUGUUUAGAUAUUGUCAGAACGGAAGAGACUGCCAGCUUGAGAAACAUGGUCGUGGUGGUUAAGAGCAUAACCCUGCCUCAGGACCCCAGCUCUGCCAGGUGUGCUAGUGGGACCGUGAGCCAGUCACUUGACUCUCCUGAAUGUCAGUGUCCUCGUCUCUGAGGUGGGAGCUCACAGCACCUCCUGAAGGGGGCUGUUGCGAGAGUAAAAUAAGAUGCAGGUAAGUCUCUCAGCUGAGCGCCUGCCAUGAAGUCAGUGGGUGUUGAAGUCAUGAAUAAAAGAAGAUUGAGGGUUUGAACAAUAUAAUAGUCUUUGAGUGGGUUUUGGAUAGCUUUUUUUUUUUUUUUCUGCCUGUGGGUGCUGAAGAAGUCAUGAAUAAAAGAAGAAAGACUGAGUGUUAUUGAAUAUAAUAGUCUUUAAGUGGGUUUGGAUAGUUUUAGAUGGAUGUAUCAGUUGGGGAAGGUAGCAGAAUGAGGACUGACAGCAGAGGGGUUUGACCACUGUCUUGUCACUCGUCAUCCAUUCCAACUUGUGCGCACACAUGCUGUGCUUUGCUCUGAGCUAUAGCAUUGAGCAGAAAGUCUGCUGAAACAGGUGUUGCCUGAUUUGUUUUAUAGGAGCAAUCGGUAUCCACUAGCAAUUUGACAUGCAUAAGAAAAACACCUCCCCAGCCAACUUUUUUAAGUAUAUUCAGAUGGUUGUAAAUAAACUUACCCAAGAAGAACUGAAAAAUGACAGCCCAGAGGAUGGAUGGAAAUAUCUCUUCUGAGGUAGUAGAUUCUAUCUAGCAUGCAUGAAAAAGGUUUGGGAAGCCAUUGAGCUUUUGAGGUGAAGGCAAAACCUCUUCCUGUGAGCCAGAAUCGGAGUGUCAUGGCAGUUCUAUUAUUAAAUAUCUAUGCAUAACCCUGAAGUUGGCCUACAUGUGACUCAUGGUGUUAAUGAUUAUCCCAGCGGUUGUCUGAACUACUUGGUUCCACUGGGCUGCAAGCAGUACACCUGCAGAGGCGCCUCCAGAAAGCAGCAUGUUCCCCUUGCUCUUUGGGGCUGGGCUGGUGGUUCUGAAUCUAGUGACAUCUAGGAGUCAGAAGACAGAACCCAUAAGUGGCUCUGGGGAACAGCUGCUCUUCCGCGGAGCUGAUCGACAUGACUUUGCCAUCAUGAUCCCUCCAGGAGGCACAGAAUGCUUUUGGCAAUUUGCCCACCAGACUGGAUACUUCUAUUUCAGUUACGAGGUUCAGCGGACAGUGGGAAUGUCACAUGACCGACAUGUUGCUGCCACCGCACAUACCCCACAGGGUUUCCUCAUAGGCACCUCCCAGGAUGUUCGGGGCCAGAUUAACUUCUCUACCCAAGAGACAGGUUUCUAUCAGCUUUGUCUAAAAAAUCAGCAAAAUCACUUUGGUUCCGUCCAAGUGUACCUCAACUUUGGAGUCUUCUAUGAGGGGCCUGAGACGGACCACAAACAGAAUACAAGAAAACAACUGAAUGAUACUCUGGAUGCAAUUGAGCAGAGUACACGAAAGGUACAGAACAAUAUCUUUCACAUGUGGCGAUACUACAACUUUGCCCGGAUGAGGAAAAUGGCUGACUUUUUCCUUCUCCAAUCAAACUAUAACUAUGUGAACUGGUGGUCAACAGCCCAGAGCCUUUUAAUUAUUCUUUCUGGGAUCCUGCAGCUGUAUUUCUUAAAGCGUCUCUUCAAUGUUCCAACAACUGUAGACACAAAGAAGCCCAGGUGCUAAGCUAGGAUGAUGACAGCUCCUUUCUUCUGGGCAGAAACUUACAGUCAAAGCUGACAGCAGCUUUGUAAAAUUAUGGGAAAAAAUCAAUUUCUCUUAAUAUUUUUGUCUAUUACACGCAUCUACAAAGAGAAAAUGGCAAUAAAAU